UUACUACAUUUAUGUUAGUUAUAUCAUAUUGUUUGAUAGAACGACGGUUGCUUUUCAUUUUUCAUUACAUCUUUCUAUGGCCGAUAAAAUAUACAGAGAAAAACAAAGUCGUUCAAUGUGUUUCACGUGCGGUUAGCGCUGAUUUAAAUCGUUAGGAGAUUGAACGAUUGAAGUGGUCAUAUUGUUUACUUUAAAAAUGCCUAUACGUUUGAAUUUUAAGAAAUGGGUCGCUGGAUUUGGUGCAAUAGGAGGCGCGAUACUUUUCUAUCCAAAUGACAAAGAACAUGAUCCGUCGUUACAAAAUCAACAUUCUUGGGUAACUCCACCGUCGUUUUGGGGUAAAUGGGACAACAAUUGGGACAGACGUCACCCAGAAUGGUUAGCAAAUGUAACUAAAUUAGAUAAUGAAAUAGAUAAAGAAGGUCGAAAGAAAAGAUCAAUUCGGAGAAAAGCAGAUGUGAAACAUCACAUACUCUUAGUUCGUCAUGGCCAGUAUCAUACACAAGCUAAAGCAGAUUCAGAUCGAACACUUACAGAUCUUGGUAAGCAGCAAGCCGAGGCAACGGGAAAAAGAUUACAAGAAUUAGGACUACCGUAUUCUAUGAUGGUACAAUCAACAAUAGUUCGAGCCAAAGAAACUGCUAAGAUCAUAGAAAAGUAUCUUACCAAUUUAACAGUUAAAGAGGAUUCUGUUCUUAGUGAAGGUAUGCCAAUUGCACCUGAUCCACCAAUCGAUAUGUGGAACUCUGAAGUAGUUGUUUACGAAGAUGGACCUAGAAUAGAAGCUGCAUUUAGAAAAUAUUUCCAUCGUCCAGAGUAUAGUCAGGAGAAGGAUUCUUACAUUAUACUCGUUUGCCACGCAAACGUUAUUAGAUACUUUGUAUGCCGGGCAUUGCAAUUUCCACCUGAAGGUUGGUUACGUUUAAGUUUAAAUCAUGGAAGUAUUACAUGGGUAACUAUUCGCCCUAAUGGAAGAGUAACAUUGAGGAAUUUAGGUGAUAGUGGCCACAUGGAGCCACAGUUGAUCUCAUCUUAUUAAGAAUGACCAAUGUAACUUAAUUUUCUGAAUAGUAAUAACAUGCACAUUUUAGUUCUAUAAUUUA